AUGACUAUGGCAUCCAAUGCUUAUAAAACCCAAAUAGGAACCUCCGAUAGGACUGUAGCUGAACUCCUUAUAGCAGGAUUUUCAGGACAACUCAAAGGAUGGUGGGAUUAUUAUCUUACAAAGAUCCAGCUAUUAGAUAUUCUAAAUGUUGUUCAGAUAAGUGAUGAAGGAGGACCUGUUCCAAAUGAACUAGGAAAUCCUAUUCAAGAUGCUGUGUCAACUCUUAUAUUUUCUAUACCAUUACACUUUAUAGGAGAUUCCACACAUCUUAAAGAUAAAAACGCAGACCUUUUGUCAAACCUUAGAUGUAAAAAACUUAGUGAUUUCCAAUGGUAUAAAUCAACAUUUCUCUCUAGAGUCGUGCUUAGGGAAGACUCUAACCAACAAUUUUGGAAAGAAAAGUUCUUGGCCGGUCUCCCAACCCUGUUAGGAGAAAAGUUUAACACAAAAACAAGGUCUAGAGAUCUGUCAAGAUCUCAAACUCCAAAAACAUCUAAAAUGGGAAUUAAGAAAAACAGAGGAACAAAAAGUGUGUCUAAAAAAUUUAGAGAUUUUCGUCCUAGAUCCAAAGAUAAAAACCAUGAUACUCAUCAUAAAAAACAUUAUUACAAAAAACCUUACAGAAAAUCUUUCAGAAAACAAUAUGAUAAGCCUAAAACAAAUAAAGCCAACUUAAAAGAUAUUACUUGUUACAAAUGUGGUAAGAAAGGCCAUAUAUCUAAAUAUUGCAGAGUAUCUAGGAAAAUCCAGGAACUUCAUUUAGAAGGUGAAGUCCUAGAUCGAAUAGAAGCCUUGUUAGCAUAUUCUUCUGACUCUGAAACUGAAAUGUCUUCAGAAGGUCAAAAUCCUCAAUUGGACGAACUAGUUACUACUUCUUCGUCUAGUUCUGAUUCUAACUCUGAUGAUGAUUAUGAAUCAAAGCAUGUCAAUGUUCUUAUAAAGGAACAAAACUUGAUCUUAGAUGUAAUCCAGCAUAUUAGUAAUCCUCAAAAGCAGAAAAAAUGUCUAGAUCAGCUCAAAAAAUCCUUAGAAGAAGAACCUAAAACUGUAGAAACAAAUAUCCUUUCUACUAGUACAGGAUUGUAUGAUCUUACAACUAUUCUUGAUUGA